UCAGGCGCCAGGCGAGAACAAAUCCCACAGUCUAGCCUUCCCAGGCAUGCGGUGCCGGAUGCUCCAGCUCCUUUUCUCGUUGAUGCUGGUAUCGCUGGGCAGCGUCGGGCGCUCAGGGGCAGGUGAAAUCGAGUGUAACAGGACCCGGCAAGUGGCUUGUGGCGAGAAGUGCAUUCCUGUGGCCUGGCUCUGCAAUGGCGAGCAAGAAUGCCCGGAUGGGACGGACGAGCAGUGUGAGGAAACUUGCCUUGGGCACCGGCAAGCCUGGCAGUGUGAUGAUGGGAAAUGCAUUCCUACCAGCUGGCUUUGUGAUGGUGCCAGGGACUGCUUAGACGGCUCCGACGAGGUUAACUGUGAGAUCUUGACAGCGUGUCCGGACUACAAAAUCCAGUGUCCGGGAAAGGCUCAGUGUCUGGAUGCUUGGGAACACUGUGAUGACCAUCAGGACUGUGACGAUGACUCCAUAAAAGCACACUGUCCCCACAGCCGUUGCUUGGCGGGGCAGUGGCAAUGCCGGAAUCGCGCAUGCAUCAUGGCCAGCUGGCGGUGUGAUGGCAUCGACCACUGCGGUGAUGCCUCGGACGAGGAAGGCUGUGCCACCUGUCCAGAAGGCGCUGUUAGCUGUGACGGAGGGAAAUGCAUCCCAGACUCUCGGAUGUGUGAUGGGAACGCGGACUGCACAGAUGGUACUGAUGAACCCAGCACGUGCGGUAAAAACUGUUCCCUGCUGAAUGGUGGCUGUGAGGGGUCAUGCAGUGAUACCCGCUGGGGUGUCCAGUGUUCCUGCACGUCAGGGUGGCAGUUGCAGCCCGAUGGAUGGAGCUGUGGAGAUGUAGACGAGUGCUCUCUGGCGUAUGGUCCUUGUAGCCAACUGUGUCAUAACACACAGGGCUCUUACUCCUGUGGCUGUAUUCAAGGUCACCAGCUCUACAAUGGCACAGACUGUCGGGUUACAGAUGACGAUGUUAAAAUUCUUAUAGCAGCAGAUAAAGAGCUUGGCAUCCUGGACCGAAGAACAGGCAUCUAUGAGAUGCUCACCCCUGUAAAGUCAAGGCCCAGUUCUGUUGCUUAUGACCUGAACAGAAACAUGUACUUCUGGGUGGAUAAAGUCUUGAAUGUGUUCAUUCUUGGGAAGCCAAGCUCUGUUCCUCUCUACCCAGAACUCCCACCCGUGAGCAGUAUUUCUCUGGACUGGUUUACGGGACAGUUGUACUGGGCUAGUAGCUCUGCGCGGGUCAUCUGUGCUGGCUUAAGUGAUGGCAGAGGCUACGUCAAAAUCUUGGAAAAGGAUCUUGUGCCGGAGGAGCUUGUGGUGUUUCCUGCAAAGAAGUAUUUGUACUGGGUAAAUCGGAGUGAGAACGGAGUGAAGACGGUUGAGACUGCAGGAAUGGACGGCUCCGACAGGAAGACACUAGCAGUGGUGACCACAGAGGAGCCUUUAGGGCUGACACUUGAUCACAUGACUGGCAGACUCUACUGGAUCGGUGGCUAUAAAGAGUCCAUAGAGACCGUGAAAGUGGACGGCAGUGGGAGGUACACCUUUUCUGGGAUAUUUUUUGAAGACGAACAUCCUGUUGGUCUGACUGUGUUUGAGAAUGCUUUCUUCUGGGCAAAUCAAACUCAACUGGUCCGGACCUCUCCCAGGAGUCCGAAGGAGAGGGAAGUGUUGCUCCACGCCUCCAGUGCCUCCGUGUCUGCUCUCUCAGUCCUCCACAGAUCUCAGCAGCCCAAAAGCAGACACUCAGCGUGUGUUCCAGGUUCUUGCAGCCAUCUGUGCCUCCUGUCCCCCAUCCAUCCCAAGGGCUACAAGUGUGUCUGUCCAGAGGGACUAUUUCUUUUACCUUCUGGCACUUGCAGUGAGCUGAAAGUUGUGUUUUCUUCUGGCAAGCGUCUAUACUUGCUGAAAGUCAGCUCUAUGGGAUCUGCUAUAGAAAGAACUCUAGUGGAGGAGCAUGCUGGGAACCUCUACUUACUGGAUGUGGACUGGAAAAGGAACUUCAUCUAUUGGUCAGAUGCCCAGGGUCAUCUCAUUUAUUCAGAGGGAUAUUCAGGGCAAAAGCGAGAGAUUUGGACCCAGCAUACAGUCUGCUCAGCAAAUGUGGACAUCUCCACCGGGAACCUGUUCUGGCUACCCUGUGACCGAAGUACGAUUCAGAAGACCAGAGUUCCUGGCCCUGACUCCUACACUCUCUACAGCACUGGCAAUGUUAUACUACAGCUGCUUCUUGACUGGCCUAGACAGGUGCUGUACUGGGUGGAGAGUGGGAGGCCCCUGCAAAGCAUGACCCUCGACGGCAAAACUAGACAGGAAGUCUGGAGAGGCACCUGGGCGGCUGACACCCGGAUGGCCUUGGACCUUGGGUCUGCUAGUAUCCUCUGGACCACCAAAGGGUUGGGGUUGCACAGUCUCAGUCUACUAAAGAACCGAACAUGCUCCCUGAACGCAUCCUGGAGUGAUGUGGUUAUGGCGGCCCAUGAGCCCUACCUGGUGACGGCAGACAAGGCAGCUCUUGUGCUGUGGAACAGGAAGACACUGGAGCCCUUCUCCACACUGAAGGAGCUGCACAUAAAGAAAAUGAUCAUCUUGGCAGAAAACCAGAAAGUUCCAGACCCCGGGCUUAUGGAGACAGUGCCCACUGUCUCUUCUCCUCCCGUUCUCUGCACCCGGUCCUCUGUCCCCUGCCAGGAUGGGAAGGGAUGCAUUCCCAGGGAGUCCCUCUGCGAUGGUGCACGUGACUGUCAGGAUGGCUCAGAUGAAGAGAACUGCUCCCGGGUCUGCCAUCAACCAGGGGUCUUCCAGUGUUUGGAUGGAAGCCGGUGCAUAGAGGAAAAAGACCACUGCGAUGGAGCUCAGCAGUGCCCGGAUGGGUCCGAUGAGCUGGGCUGCUGGCGGCCUGCUGAAGACUGCUCAUUGCGCUGUGACAACAAGACCCGCUGUAUCCCUAAGAGCUGGCGGUGUGAUGGAAAACUAGACUGUUUGGACAGAAGAGAUGAGCAAGGGUGCGUUCGUGAAGAAUGCAGCUCCUCUGAAUUUCAGUGUGGGAAUGGCCAGUGCAUAUCGUCUUCUCUGCAUUGUGAUGGGAACCGAGACUGCCUGGACCACUCAGAUGAGGAAGGAUGCCCUGUUGUCCUACGGUGUCCAGAAGGGGAGAUGAGAUGUCUGAAGAGUGGAGAAUGUGUGUUGACAGAGUGGAUAUGUGACCAUGAUGCAGACUGCAAAGAUGGAACCGAUGAGAAGGACUGUGACCCCAAGGUGCUUCCAUGUGGCCCAAGGCAGUGGGCCUGUAGAAGUGGAGACCAGUGUGUACCUGAUUUCUGGCACUGUGACGGACAGAGUGACUGCAGAGACAGCAGCGACGAGGCUGAGUGUGCUCCCCAGAAGUGCCUGGAUUCCGAGUUCCAGUGUGCCACUGGCGCCUGCCUCAGCUUCAGCGUGGUGUGUGAUGGGCGAGAGGACUGUGUGGACGGUUCAGAUGAGGGUGGAGAGUGUUCUUCAUCAGCCUGCAGCCCCGAGCAGUGUUACCACGCCUGCUACCAGACCCCAGCUGGGCCAGUGUGUGCUUGUGCCCCAGGUUUUGAGCUGGAUAACAGUGGUCAAACUUGUCAGGAUGUAAAUGAGUGCCAGCAGCCAACUGGUCGACCUUGCAGUCAGACCUGUAUCAAUACUGAGGGCUCAUAUAACUGUGCCUGUCACCCUGGCUACUUGCUGGGCCCUGAUGGCCACACUUGUAAGGCAACAGGUGCUGAGCCAAUCCUGCUUGUUGCAAUUGAGUUUAACCUAUUCCUUUCCGGACUGCGAAGCUUAAAAGAAGAUAUCCUGGCAACUACUGACAAGACCCUGGCUAUCUACUCUGUGGACUAUGACUUAGUGGAUCAGAAAAUCUUCUGGGCAGAUCCCAAUGCAGAAAGUAUAAGAUGGAUGAGUAUGGCCACAAGGAAGGAUGGGAUAGUGGUGAGAGGGAUAAAGCCAGACUGUAUAGUGGUUGACUGGAUUGGAAGGAAUCUCUACUGGACCGAUAGGGGAGCUGGCCAGAUUUUGGCGAUUCAGUUAACUGCUGUUGAGAGAGGAAAGUCCGAGCACACAGUUGUCCUGGAUGAUGUGCUUCAGCCCCAGUCUUUGGCUUUGGAUCCCCUAAAUGGACUGAUGUACUGGUCCAAAAUUGGAGGAGAACCUCAAAUAGAACAAGCUGGCAUGGAUGGGAGCAGCAGGAAGACGCUUGUCAAUCAAGGUCUUGGCCGGCCAACUAGCCUCGCCCUUGACCAGUUAAGCUGGAAGAUAUUCUGGUCUGAUGAGAAAUUUCACUGCAUUGGCUCUGCCAACCUGGAUGGCAGUGGCGUUAGUAUGUUGCAGCUAACACAAAUCAAGAACCCCUUUUCAGUCGCUGUGUUUGAAGAUAAGAUCUUCUGGUCUGACCUGAAGACGAGAACAAUUCAGCGCGUGGAGAAGACGACAGGCAAGGACAGGACUGUCCUCAUCAAGCGUUCUGGACAGCCCUUUGGACUCAAGAUCAUGCAUGAAGUCCUCCAGCCCAAGUCUUCCAGUCCUUGCCUGGACAGGGGAUGCUCUCACUUGUGCCUUCUGAGCCCACGGGCUAAGGGAAGCUGUCGUUGUCCCGUUGGCCUCCUGCUGGCAGAUGAUGGAAUCACCUGUGUCUCUCUCCAAGAGUCUGCCUUUGUGUUCCUGGUAUUGCCCACUGUUCUCACCCAGAUCUAUCUAAAAAACCUUAAGACUGCGACACAACAAACAACUCUACCGGAACACAGAAUGCUCCCCUUCACCAGCGUCAAUCAGCUGGCCUCAGUGGAUUAUCUCAUCCAGGAAAAGGCCCUCUACCUGUCAGAGCUGAAUACCAGUGACAUCAGGCUACUGAGGCUGGAAGAACCAGGGAUCCUGUCAUGGCAGAGAAUCAUAUCUGGGAAGGGGACAGUGGUUGACUUUGCUCUGGACUGGCUGAGUGGGAACAUAUAUUGGAUUGCCAGUGAGAACCCCCACGUCAAUGUUGCUUCCUCCAAAGGCCAACAUCCCAUAGUCUUGCUCAGCGAAAACCUUUACCACCCGACCUCCAUUGUCCUCCACCCACCUACGGCAGUCAUGUGCUUGGCAGACCUAGGUUCUCAGGAUGAUGGGAGACAUGGCGCCAACAUUGAAUGUGCCUCUAUGGAUGGCAGCAGUAGAAGGGCACUGUGGCUGAAGUCCCAGGUACCUGUGGGCCUGGCCUUUUCGGAUUCAGGGACCCGAGUAUACUGGGCUGAUACUGGGCAGGGGCUUAUCCAAAGUAUUCAGCUAGAUGGCUCAGGAUACAGAGUGGAGCACCAAGGAGUAAAGGGUCUUCGCCUCUUUGCAUGUGGCCAAGACAUGAUGCUGUGGACAACAGUUGAUGAUGCCCAGAUUACCAAAGUUUGGUACAGCAAAGCUCAAGUCUCGGAAAAUCAAUGGUUCCAAGUAGACCGGAAGGUUGUAGACCUAAAAGUUUAUAGUACACUUAGUCAACAAGGUAACAACAGCUGCUCCAAAGACAAUGGAGGAUGCAGUCACAUCUGUUUACCAAAUCCUGAGGGCAAGACUUGCAGGUGUCCCGUGGGGUACUGCUUGGUUGAUGGUUAUAUGUGCGUGGAAGCUGUCCAGUGCUCUCCGCCAUCACGAUGUUGUAAGGAUGGUCAGAAGUGCAUUUCCAUGGAGCAAGUUUGCGACGGUCACGUUGACUGUCUGGAUGGAUCUGAUGAAGUGGCCUGUCUGAAUCCAGAUAGAAGCCGGUCCACAUCAAUACUUAAGAAGCCGGAAGUUCAGAAAAGGUUGACACCAGAAGCUUCCAAACUUUUCCAGGCUACUGAGUCCACCACAGGUGAACAUCUAGGACAAGAAGGGAUGAGGCAUCCUGCCAGAAAAACACUAACCACGCCAAUGCCUGCCCCAGAGAGCAAGGUCCCCCAAACCAAGGGAAGAGAGGAAACUGUUGAGUCCAGGGCUCUACAGGAGGCAAAUCAUGUGCCCUGUAGCCAAAACUUUUGCAAUGGGAGAGGGAUCUGCACCAUAGAAGGAAAGCUGAGGAGAUGCCUUUGCCUGGUGGAAUAUAGUGGAGAGUUCUGCCAAGAAGCAGUCCGUGGCCUGGCUACUGGCUAUGUGGCCCUGAGUGUCGCAGUUGCUUUAUCGGCUAUUCUGGCUGUUCUGGGGCUAUUUCUGCAUUUCAGAAGAAAACGUAAAUCCAAAAGAACAUCGUCAAGAAAUGUGGACUAUGAUAAAGAAAACAGCCAAGAAGAAGAAAAUCUAAUGAAUAGUGAAACUUUUGUCAAUGAUGUCUAUGAUGAGCAGGAAUCCUUAACCUCUUUACAAACUGAAUGACCUCGUUAACAAAGAGCUGACACCUCUCAAUAAAUAUUGUCUGUCCAGUUCGUUGUCUGCUCUCUUCACUUCCUGAACCUUUUGUGGUAAAUGCUGAUUACUUCAAGUGAUUCCUUCUGAAAUUAGAGGCGGUCUUCUGGUUUUGCUAGUGGAUUUUUUAAAACUGUAGGUUCUUCGAUAUGCUGAGAAUUCAGUUUGAAUUACAUAUAGCUUAGGCUAUAACUCAGCUACGAGGGAUCCUUACCCCUGGUCACCUGACCCAGUGCCAGUCGGAAGUUCUAGAUUUAAAUCUUGACUCUGACACUGACUUCGUGGCUGCUAAUCCUCUGAACCAGUUUCCUAGUUUAUCAAAGAUCUUCAUGCCUCUCGGGUAGAAGCCAAGUUCCUGCAGGGUGGCAAGUGUUCAAGUGUUUGUUCUCCAGCAUCAGCAUCAUAGGUAACUUUCACCUCUAGGCUGGCACUCCUUUGUAAAAACUGUUUUCUCUAUCAUAACUUCAGUCAGAAAUUAACAGAAUGGGUAAAAAUAUACUUUGUAGGUAUAGAAUCUCAGACACGUGCUAUGUCUAAUGAUAUUUAAAAUGACGUCAGUGGGAAUUGUGGUCAUCCCCAUAGGGUAUUGGCUACACCAGGAUUCAUCCUAACUAGCUCUUACCUGCUGGGGACCACACAAGUACUUGGCCUGCCAAUACAUCUGUUUGUCUUGCUAGAUUCUUACUGCUUCAUGAAAUCAAAGGCACUGAAUUUGUGAUGUACAUAGGGUCACAACAGUAGUGUGGUCUAAAAUUUGGUAGGAGCAACCUCGGACAAAGCACUUUGUCUUGUGUAAUGCCUGUGUAUGGCUUAGCAUGGUACCCGAAUCCAGUCACAUGAGUCUAAACUGUAAUGAACCCAAUAUUUUCUAGUUUGGGUCUUUUCUAGACUUUUGCAUUUUGUCUCACAGAGUGAGUUUGUGCAGCUCGCUAAGCCUAACUGGAAGCUCUAUUAUUUCUGUGGGCAAUGAAUAAAAUGUUCUGGGCUCUUCAAUGAGGUAUGAAGUCUGAUAAGAAAAGAUCAGCUUGACCAGAAGAACAAAUGCCAGGGAAGCCUCCCUUCCUGAGUAGGCUGCGCUGGGUCUUUCUGUCUCAAUGAUAGGACGAGCGUCAUUAGGCUGUGCGUGAGUUCAGUGGUGUGUGUGAGAACUCAUCCCCCCUUCCAGGACCCUGUGUCCCUUCGCCCACAAAAGGGCUUUUAUCUUUCUAUCUCUGAAAAACUAACAUCACUGACCGUUCUGCCCUUGUCCACACAUGUAUGAAAAGGACAUGAAAAAAUCAGGCUCCGAAGUGGGUAUGGAUGAUAAACAUCUGUAUUAUUAUCACUGUGGGUAGCCUGGAGUUGCUGUCCUAUUUCCCUGGGGACCUUCUUGCAGCCCCCCAGGACUUGCGUUCUGGCUAGAUCAGUCAGCUUCUGCAGGCUCUGGGCUUGAAUGUGACUGUCACUGAGUGCAUCAGUCUCUCCUGCGUCCUGGAUCCCAACGCAGAACACGGAAAUUCCUGCCAUUUCCUUUGCGUCUUGGGUGGGGGGGGGAGUUGUGGACCAUAGUCAGUCAGCUACCAAUGUGUUGUGUAUCGCCCCUCCUCCUCUUACCAAAUGUCUGACCUGGCUGUGUUUUCCUAUGAAUGUAAGCUUAAGUAUUCUCAUUCUGAAUCUAUUUUAACACAACUCUUAGGGCCUUCUCUAUUCGAGGAUUUAUAAAAUAUACUGAAUGUCCAUUUCAUCAGAAGGACAUGCUUUUAGAAUUGAAUCUCAAGACUGUAUUGAAUCUCAAACUAUUCCUACCUCCUGAACUGGUUUUCAAUUUCACAACUUAUCAUCUGGUUAAAAUGAUAUAUUUUAAACUACAAGAGUCUCCUAGUAUGACAAUAUCCCCGUUAAGUGUUAAUUUACCAGUUUCUUUACACGUAAUCCUAUCAGAACCUCUAGUUUAUGGCUUCUUAGCUAGGGCUGCUGUGAUAAAACACCACAAUUAAAACAACCUGAGAAGGCAAGUGUUUAGUUGACAAAUCCUGAUCACAGCCCAGUUAGGUAAGUCAAGGCAAGAACUCAAAACAGGCUGAAACCUGGAGAUAGGAGUUGAUGCAGAGGCCAUUGGAAGGAUGCUGCUUACUGGCUUGUUUCUCGUGGCUUGCUCAGCCGGCUUUCUUAUAGAACUCAAGACCACCAGUUCAGGGCUGCCCCACCUACACUGAAGUGAGCCCACCCACAUCAACCACUAACUUUGAAAAACUGUCAAAGACAACCCAGUCUUAUGGAGGCAUUUUCUCAAUUGAGUCUCUCUGCUCUCAGAUUACCCUAGCUUGUGUUGAGUUGACAUAAAACUAGCCAGCACAAUAGCAUAGUUUGGCCAACUAAAUAAACCCAUUUCCUUUCCUAAUCUCUGUUUCCUAAACUCUUUUAAAAGAUGGAAAUUAAGGAGGCAGGUUAUGGAGUCAGGUUCUUAUUACAUGAAUAGAUAGAGCAAUAAACCUAUGUGAAAUCUCAUGAGUUAUCUCUGGAAAAAAAUAAGGUCUUUAGAAAUGUGCAUUGACCUGUGGAUUAGGGUCAAAGUCCUCCCGUACCCUUGACCUCUGAGGCCUGCUAGCAAUUAAAAGUUAAAUUAGGCACUUAGAACUUGGUAUAGAAAACAACCAGGAAAGGGGGGAAUUCUGGGUAGGUGCUACUAUUUUAACUCUGGGAGGCUUAAGGGAUUCAGAGAGACUGAGAACUCUGAAAUAGAUUUUAUGGCUCUCGGAUCCACUUCUAGCAUUUAGGCUAACUUGUUCCAAUUUUAUUUCUGUGUUCCCAGUCCAGCACUUAACUGUUAGCAUCUGUAUACCAAGGUGAAGGAGACCCUCUUGUUGUCUCCAACAGUCUUUCCAGCUUUAUAGAUGAGGGCAUGGUACUGGCAAGGGCAAAGCUCACAUCAGCAGCAGAGACUGACCACUCAUGUGCCCCAAAAGUUGUCUACACUUCUUAGCCCCCGGCAGUCCAGUGAUAAGAGGAAGCCAUUUGGGGGCCCCAUGGCAUAAAUGGCUAUUGAGGUGUACAGAAGGAGUUGGCAGGGACAUUAGCCAUGCAAGUGGCAAAGAUGCUUGCUAUCUGUGAAAUAAUCAUUCUACUCUCUCGGGUCCUCCCUCCACCUAAUAGUCAUGUUGCUUUCCAAACGGGACAGCUGGUUCACCUCCUUGUCAGUCGGGGAAAUGCUUAAAUCAAGCCCUUUGUUUCAUUCUUUGUUCUACUGUGUGAUACAGGCUCUUGCCAUGCCGCCCAGGCUGGCCUUGGACUCCCAGAACUCCCACGUCAGCCUCCCAAGUGUUGAGAUUCUAGCUAUGAGCCCACACUGAAAACACCCCUCCUCAUCCCCCACUGAAGAACCAAGCGCCUGGUGAGCAUUGUCCCCUGUGCUGAGCUUUCUCCGGGCUUCUUUGGUUUGAACAAGCCCAUCUUUGUUUUCAUGACCUUCCUUCUCAUUAUGGAAGGACAAGGGAAGAGGUCAUUUUACCGCUUGCAGCUCAGUGAGUUCACAGAGGAGCAUGGGGGCAAGAUAGGGUGAGAAUCUCAAAUACUGUUUUUUAAAUUUGAGGUGAUAGAUAGUUGAGUCCUGGUCAUUCUUCCCGCACAGGGAGAAGGAGCUCGUCUUUUGUGAUAACUGUUCCCUGGAACUGGGAACGGUGGCCACGGGUACAUAUAACUUUCUGUAUACAUGGCAAGUUAUGUAUGAGGAGAGGAAAAGGCUUUUAGUGUGAAUGUGUGUGUGUGUGUCGUAUGUGCACGCGCACGUGUGUGCAUGCAUGCACAGAGCACAUGUCCCUAGGCUGACUUGAAACUCACUACGUAGCAUUGUAUGACCUUGAGUUCCUAAUCCUCCUGUCUCUACUUUCCAAAUUCUGGGAUUGCAGGCGUGCACCAUCACACCCAGAGAAUCCGGGGCUCUGAGUCUCCUGUGUGUUACCUGCCUGAUGGUUUCUGGGGCGAUUUGCACCUUAGCAGAAUAAAAUGUUCUGCACCAGCUCUUUGCGUCAAAUUGCUUUUGAUUCUGAAAGCGUUCUGCAACACUGAUUGCAUUUGUUCCACGGCGUGUUUCCUACUAAUGGUACUAUGAUUCGCUCAGUAAAGAGCAAAUGUCACGGUGUACCUAGUCUUAGUUACCACAGAAGAAGAAAAAAAAAAACACGUUUAGGGGAGCGGGCUCUGUCAUCCCCUCUGCCUGUAAUAUUCCCGUCUCUCUUCUUUUGCUUUUCUGCUCAGACAUGACCUUUCCGUCGUGUGACCCUGACUCACUGCUCUUCAUCCUAUCAUAGAGUCUCCCAGAGCCAAAGCGUUUUGUUUUCCACUGUCCACAAAGCGUGCUUGCAAAAUGUCAGAUGUUUAAAAUACUUUCUGGGUGGCUGCGCCGUGCAAUAAAGAAGAGGUGGCUUCUGAAGCCGCCUGCCAGCCCUUCCCACAGCCUCCAAGCAGAUAAGCAGCUUCUGCUCUGCAAAACCACACCCCAAGUCCUUGGUGAGGCUCGCGUCCCAGGGAAGGGCCGGCUGGAGAACAGGCAUAGCCAAUACUGUGUAAAGCGAUCUCUUCUCUGCUUUCCUGGCCUCUAUGGCCUCUAGGCAAGCUUGAGCGGCGUGGAAAGACGGUAGGAGUUAAGCGGUGAUGGUUUAUGUGCUGACCGAUGGGACAUAUAAUAGGUGUCUGGUGCAAGGUGGCUGUGCCAUCCUACAUGAGUGAGCUAACUUCAGUGCAGCGUCUGAUCGGUCAGUGUCAACUCCCCUGGCCAGGAAUCACACUCACUCACGGCAGGACAACAAAGAUCGCCUCCUCCAACAUCUUGUUUAAAGCCGAGGGUCAGUGUGUGCUUCUGCGGCAGAGAAUGACCACUAGGACAAGAAAUGACCCCAGGCCCACGCGGGAAUCUCUUUCCAUGCUGUCCUGAGUGUGUUUUGACCAAAAAAUAAAUCAUAUUAAAAGGGAGGUUUGGAUCCAUUUCUGCUGAUGCAGGAAGGGGAAAUAGUUUUAGCUUUCAGUGAUCCAACCUUAAUCAUCACAGAAAAGGUGUUUGCCUAUAAAUCAGGGAGAAUAACUGUGAGGGAGUAAAAGGCAGAAGAGACCAACUUUGCUCAGUAUUAGCAUACACCAGCAGUACUUGGAGCCAAGAGCAGGUAAAAUUCAAGAAACCAGGACCUCCACAUUAUUGGCUACCUCUGGGCUUCAGCCUCCAACUGCUGUCUUCGAAGUGGGAGCUGAAUACACCUGGGCUACACUGUCUUUCCUAGCUCUGUAGCCAAGUUAUACUGGCUGGGAAUAUGGUAACUUGGCAUAAGCUAGAAUUAUCUGAAAGGCGGGAACUCCAACUGAGAAAAUGCCUCAUAAAAUCUGUUUGUGGAGCAUUAUCUUUAUUAGUGAUUGAUAAGGAAAGAGUCCAGUCCAUUGUGGGUGGGGUCAGCCCUGGACCGGUGGUCCCAGGUUCUAUAAGAAAGUAGACCGGACAAGCCAUGAGGAUCAAGCCAGUAAGCAGCACCCUCCAUAGUCUCUGUAUCAGCUCCUGCCCCAACUCCUGCUUCCAGGUUCCUGCCCUGUUUGAGUUCCUGUCCUGACUCCCUCCAGCAAUGGACUAUGAUGUGGAAGUGUAAGCCAAAUAACCCCUUUCCUCCCCAGCUUGCUGUGGUCAUGGUGUCUCACCACAGCAACAGAAACCCUAACUAAUACAGACAGAUAGUAAGCUGCCGCCUUCUAAAGCGCCUAUCAGCAGGUGCCUCCAGCUGCAAUUAAGUGAAGCAAAGUCCCAGCUGGAGCUUUGCCACCUGGAGUGCCUCCAGGACCGUAUACACCGCCACAGUGGUUCCCAGUCUCCCUAAUGCUGCGACCCUGUAAUGCAGGUCUUCAUGUUGUACAUGAUGCCCGCCAUAAAAUUAGUUCAUUAUUUUCAUAGUGUUAUGAAUUGUAAGUAUCUGAUAUUCGGGAUAUCUGAUAGGUGAUUCCCAAAGGGGCCGCUACCUGCAGGUUGAGAAUCACUGUACUGGGGUCUUCUGGGAUCUACUUUUGAAGCAGUUUCAGGGGCUGCCACCUGGGAAUUUGCAUUUGGAAAGUGAUAUGCCUGCUUGUUAACAUAGGGGUCCUCAAGGGGUGGGGGGCAAAAGUUGGUUUCACUUCUAAGUGGCUAGGGUGGUAAAUUCCUACCUUCUCAGUCCUCUUAAGUGUCAGUUCCUUCGAUUGUCACUUUCCGUGGUCAGGGCUGCCUGAAUGCCUGGUUCCCACUUCUGUACUUUAAAUAACAGAUUUGGUUCAGUUACAGGCACUGUGAACUCCAUUGCUUAGCAAGCCAUGGAACAUAGCUGCCCGCCUGGGACAUAAAGUAUCUAGGCAAGAGGAGGAGUGGACUUCUACCCUCAUCCCGAAACUGGUGCCUCUCGGGCUUUUUUUUUUUUUUUCCUUAAUCAACAAUAGACUUGGCUGGCACUGAAAACAAGCUGAGCCUGAAAACAAAGCAAUCCAGGACUUGAGUGGGCCCCUGGGCUCCUUUCAGU